CAGGGAGUUGGGGUUGGAGGGCCCCGGGGUCUGCGCCUCUGACUGCUCUGAGCUACUUCCCCAUUGGCUCUGAGCAGCCUGUGCUCAGCAAGGGCUGAGCGACAGGGGGAGGCUCCAGCCCAUAAAAGGGGGCUGAGGCUUAGGAACUGUCAUUCUAAGGGGCUUUGGCUGUGCUCACAGCUUCCUCUUUGACACCUCCUUCUGAGGGGAGUCAGGGCCAUCCCUGGGUCCUGGACCGGCUACCUGGCACCUCCCUCUGACCUGCUCGGCCAGAAGCUGCUCAGGGACAAAGAAGAGCACAGGUCAUUUAUCUCCAGGCUUUGAGAUCUGCGUGGGGGAGCUGUUGCAAGCAGCCCAAGCCGGCAGGAAGAGCCAAGACAGAAUGGCGUGGCAGGGGCUGGUGCUGGCUGCCUGCCUCCUCGCGCUCCCCUCCGCCACAGCGGACUGCCUGUCCCGGUGCUCCUUGUGUGCUGUGAAGACCCAUGAUGGGCCCAAGCCCAUCGACCCCCUGAUUUGCUCGCUGGAAUGCCAGGCCGCCCCGCAGCCCACUGAGGAGUGGGAGAGAUGCCAGGGACUUCUGUCUUUUCUCACUCCCCUCACCCUCGGGCUUGAGGGCAAGGAAGACUUGGAGAGCAAGGCCACUUUGGAAGAACCCUAUAGUGAGCUGGCCAAGCACGUGGGGCCCUUCUGGAAGGAGCUGGAAAAAAACCGAUUCCUCCUCAGCACCCCCACAGAGGAGAAUGCUCUGAGCAGGAGCCUGGAGGAGAAGCUCAGGGGUCUCUCCAGCAGGUUAGGGGAGGAAGCGGACUCUGAGCUGCUGGGGGACACCCAGCCAGAUGACGGUGCCAUGGAGGCUGGAGCGCUGGAUUCCGAUGAGAAACACCCCAAGGAGCAGGUCAAACGCUAUGGGGGCUUCUUGCGCAAAUACCCCAAGAGGAGCUCAGAGGUGGCUGGGGAGGGGGAUGAAGAUGGGGAUAAGGUGGGCCAUGAGGACCUCUACAAGCGCUACGGGGGCUUCUUGCGGCGCAUCCGUCCCAAGCUCAAGUGGAACAACCAGAAGCGCUAUGGCGGUUUUCUCCGGCGCCAGUUCAAGGUGGUUACUCGGUCUCAGGAAGACCCCAAUGCCUACUACGAAGAGCUUUUUGAUGUGUAAACCCCUCCCCACCACGGAGUUGAGUCAGGAGCUUCCCCUGACGCCCUUCCAGAUUGGAAGGCACUCAUUCAUCCUCCCCCUGUGGCCCCCCACUCCAUCCUCCGUUCGGCAUUUUCUACAAAACACUCAAGCCUAGCCUGCCUGUCUUCUGCAGUGUUUGUCUGGGGUCAGUGAGGGGUGAGAAUAGAGGGUCCCCUCUCCCGUAGGCUUAAUGCUUGGCUCUGCCCCUAUGCUUCUAAAACUACUGCCAGCAGCAGCUUUUGGUAUCAAUCCCUCCACCCCAUUCAUGUGACUCCCCAGUUCCUGGAAUCCAGACGGACUUCUUGAUCCCUCUGGAUCUAUGAUCUCCAAACUUUACUGCUCAAUGCUUCUCUAAGAAGAAAAAAUGAUCAUACCCCCUCCCACGCAGACAUAUUCAGUUAUAUGGUAAAUAUGUAUCAUAAACAUACAAAAGAGAAAUCUAAAACAAGAUAGAUAAACAAAUAAAAAUCCUAACAUUUUAUUCUCACACCUCAAAAGAUCCACCUACAUGUGGAGACCGUGUUUUAGGUAAAAAGCUCAAACACUGCUUUUUUAUUGGAGCAGGAAUUCCUACACUAGGGUUCCGUUUCCCAGUGGGUUAAAUGUUUGGUCAAUGUACUCUGAGUUCUCUUUGUUUAGAAACACACCUUCUGAAGAACCCAGUUCCUGGAUUCCAGUCCGUGUCGGUACCCUGGACAGCGCCCAACUCCUCACAGGAGGGGAAGGGAGUGAAAAUCCCUUUCCGAAAUGGUUAAUGAGAGCAGCUCUCCUGAAUGCUGAAAGGACCAAGGAGGGAGCGAGGCAAACCAAUUUGUUCUGUGCAACAGACUCAAAAUGUGGACCGGUUCCCUCAGCCCUCAUUAAGCUAAUUAAACUGAUUGGUAUCACACUCCAACCCCAGGAUGAACUGAAGCUGAGUCAAGUUGAUGAGGUUAAGCAAAACCGUGUUCUUGAGCAGCUGAAUCUGCUGCCAAGAGUCCAAGCCAUCUGGCCAAACAUAUGCAUUGGGCAUUGGGUAAGGGAAUCCAGAAGCGACAGCUAGAAAGAGGAAAAGGCCCUCUUUAUCCCCCGUGAUGAUUCUUUCCUCUUAAUGCCUCCAAGUGAAACCACAGAGAGGAAUGAAAUGAUUAAAUGCUUGAGGCCAAAUGAGUUCCCUUGAUUCAGAUAACCCAGAAUCAGAGACAGGGACCUCCUGAUGCUUUGGUUUCAGUCAGAGUCCUCUCUUCUGUCUCUUUGUCUGUCUCUUUCUCUCUGCCUCUCUGAAUCUGUCUCUCAUUUGUCCCCAGGCACUAUGGUUUGGUUUGUGGAUCCAGGAGGCUGGCCUGGAUAGGGGAGGAAAUGAACUUGAGUUUGGUUAUUUUGUAUAAGACGCUAUUGAGCUCACAUCUUCAUGCACAACCCCCAGGCCUCUCAUGAUGUUCUGAAAUGUAUAGAUUGUUUUAGAGUUACUUUGUGUGCUUUUUGAAAAUCCCAUUUAUGCAAUUUACUUGGUAUUGCUUAGUCCUCAACAAGACUGUGUUGUUUCCUACUUCUCCAGUACAAUAAAUAAAAUAAAGAUACUGAUGACUUGGGCUGUG